AAGCUGCAGCGCUCCUGACGGCCACUUGUAGAAUCCACGAGUCGUGCGACUCGGUGCCGAACAGACAUGAUGCUUGUGGAACGAUUCUCCCGGAGAAACUUCGCGCUUGUCGCAAUUUCAGUUUAUCUGAGGAUAUCGUUUGAAGUGUGCAGUUCCGAAAACUUGUGGAACCUACACAACAAUGCCUCCUCAUCUUCUAGAACAAAGGAGCCCGUUCGAGAACCAAGUGCUAUUGACAGCAGCGACACUUCAUCAAAAGACAGAGUUGGUAUCCAAGGUUCUAUAAUACCUAUUGUGUACGGUCGUGUUGGUCAAGGCAAUGUCCGUCCGUCUCGUGUCCGUAGUCAGGCAGAAGUAAGGCUUUUAGUUCCUCUGUCAAGGCAGUACCCACCGGAGACGGAUGGAUUUAUUAGAGCCACAUCGAAUGUCAUGGAGUUCAAUGAAGAUACGAGAAGCUAUUUUUUGCCGUCGGGAGCUUCAUUGGGCUUAAAAGAAAUCAGCGACAUCAAUCAACUGCAUCCCAUCUUGAACGCAUCUUGGAUAGCUUUGCACUCUCCGAAGAGGGUACUCAUUCCAGUGCGUCAUAAAGACGAAAAUUCCAUCGCCUCCACCCCCGCGAGCAGAGGUUGUCUGCAAUGCUCGUCGAAUCUAACCCUGAUUGCUCCUCGGGGUGAAAACAGCGUGGAAGUUCCGGUACCAGCUAUUUCCAUAUGCCCUCGCUUAGCCAGAGCACCCGGAAGACUUAACAUGGGUGUGACUUCAGGUCCUCGACCAGGUCUGAGGAUAAGAGAAGGACAAUAUCCAGUUCAACUAAUAGCGUGGAAGCGCCAGGGACACUUUGCGGCUUGCCAGUACACAAUAUCUCUCAUAGUAAGAAAAUGCGAAGAUGUACCUAUGGCAGAAGGAGGAACUUUCGAAUGUACAAAUGGUUCGAUUUGGGGUAGCAAGUGUCAUUUAUCCUGUCGUUCAGGUUUUGUGCUACACGGGGAUAGCACCAUUGUUUGCGAUGGAAAUGAGAGAAAAGUUUUUUGGUCAUCACCGUUUCCACAAUGCAAAAGUAGGUAUUUUCGAAAAUUAAAGUCAGAAACUUCUCCAAAAUCUGUUGUUGCCAAGCUGCCAUGCCUGAAACCUAAACAACCAAAAAAUGGUGCAGUAGUUUGUGAUUCCAAUGGUAAAGAGUUGUAUCCGGAUGGAAGCGUUUGUCAAUUUUUCUGUUAUCCAGGCUUUCUUAUUGAGCAGGAAUCUACUUCAAAUGCUCUCACUGUCUGUAAAAAUGGACACUGGACACCAAAUGAUGAUCUCACAUGUGUUGCUGCUUACUGUUCGGAGCCAAAGUCUCCAAGAGACUCCACACUGCGGUGUGAUCCCUCGGAAAACAAAGACGGCCUCUCGAAAUCAAAGUACAAAAAUGGAACACGAUGUGACUUCCGAUGCGGUAUCGGCACCAAAAUACCGAAGUCUCAACAAGCAAAGAGUUUCAUCGUCUGCAACGCACCACAUUGGAAUGAUUCGUCUAUCCCGGAGUGUAAGCGAUUCAUCUAUCCAAAACAUCACAAAGACGAUUGCCGAAAUCAAACUCUAUUUGUGGAAGUGGGAGAAGAUGCACUUCUGUCCUCGCACCACAUCCCCCGAUUCAUAUCCCAUGACGGAAAGUACUUAAAAACCACUUGCUCUUUGGACGGACAAAGAUUGCCCAAAGGUGUACACCACAACUUUUGCCACGCCAACGACGAUGAAUUCGAGGUUGCUUCUACGUGUAGAUACCACAUUCAUGUUCAAGAAAAGAUUUCACCCCGCGUGUAUCCAAAGGACUGCAAAGACAUCGAUAGAGUCGCCAACAGAAAGGGGAUUCUACACGUGAAGCCACCAAAGUUUGUUUUCCAAAACGGGGGGACAAAAAGAAUCCUCCGUGGUAACUGCACGCAUGCUGGAAAACUGAGCGUUGGACUGUACCAAAACAACUGCACAGCGUAUGAUCCUGAGUUGGACGCAACAGGAUUUUGUUCUUAUAGGAUAAACAUAAGAGAAAGAAGUUGUCCACCUCCAAUUUCUACUCCUCAUGCAGUCAUUCAAUGCGACAAUAAAAUUGAUGAACUGUACUCUCCAAAAACUGUCUGCAAAUAUAUUUGCGAUGAAGGUUUUACAAUUCCCCUGAAAGAAAGUAACAGGCGAUCAAUAAGAUGUCAUCGGAAUCUAUCUUGGAAACCUGCUUCUGUACCAUCUUGCAAAAAAGCUAUUCCUCCAAGACCUAAAAGAAACGAGUGUGUCUCCCAGAGUUUUUUCAUUGACAAAGAUACUAGUAUGGCUACAAUAAGGCAACCACGUUUCAAGUCCUCCUUGAAAGGGAGCAAAAUUAAAGUCAAAUGUUCCUUGAAUAAUACUUUACCAGUAGGGAAUUAUACCAAUGUGUGCGAAGCAUUAGAUAAAGAACUAGGUUUGAAAGCAUCUUGCAAAUACAAUGUAACUAUAACAGCGGAAGGAUGUGAGGCGUUACCAACUGUGUCUUUUGGUUUUUUGAAUUGUUCAUCCGAACUUGGGACAAGCUCACUUUUGCCAAUAAAUAGUAUUUGUAGGUAUGAUUGUCACGAUGGAUAUACCAUAACAACCAGCCAAUUAGCCUUCUCAUGUAAAAUGUGUCAUCUAGAUGGUCACUGGAACAGCACUAUAAAUCCUUCUUGUGUUUCCAAAACCCCUCCAACACCUAAACAAGAUUCUUGCAUAGAUCGCACAAUUCUAGAGGCUGAUCUGGAAAGAUUUGAUAUUCCGAUACCAGAGUUUGAUUCUACAAGUGGAGCAAAACUGGAUAUCACCUGCAUUCCGUCUAACGUAAGCAGUUAUGACGUGCAUAAUAUAUCAUGCACGGCGUAUGAUCCUCAACUUAGAGUUUCGAGCACAUGUUCAUUCAAACUUGAUUUGCAGAAUCCUGCAGACAUUGCAGAAUUAGAUCGUGAAGAAAUAGCUUGUGCUUCAUUGCCCAUUGUACCAAACGGGCAUGUUAGAUGCAAUUCAAGCGAAGCUGAACAUAUUUCGGCAAAAACAAUCUGUCGAGUUAUAUGCGAUGAUGGUUUUGUAAUACCAAAGAGCUUGAGAGCAUUAUCUACUGCCAUGUGCACACUCGACUCUCAGUGGAAUGUGACAAAAUUUCCUGAUUGUGAAAAAGCGGCUCCACCUAUUGGAAACCCUGGAUGUACUGAUCAGAGGCUGAAUAUCACAAAUUUGAAAGAAAUAUCGGUACCAGUUCCUUCGUUCUUGACAGCGCGAAACACACCAAGCAAAGUCAGUUGCUACCCUGAAUUUGUUACGAACUUCGGUGAGCAUAAUAUUGCUUGCAAAGCAACAGAUGAGGAGCUGGAAACAAUCUUCGAGUGUUCAUACAACUUAGAAGUUUUUGAAGAAAAAGAAGAUGAAUUAACCGUUGAUGAUCUCGCCCUUGAUGAAGAUGGACUUCCGCCUUUCAAGCCUUGUGUGUCAAUAGCUUUGCCACAUAACGGAGCAUUGAAUUGCACUGACGACGGAGGCAAGGAAAUUUGUGCUGUAAGAUGUAACGAAGGUUAUGGAUUUUCUUCUAAAUACCAAGAUCUUUUACAACGUGGAAUAGAGUGUGACGGAACUGAUGGAUUAUGGGAUUUUCAGAGAAUUUAUAAUACAUCGAAGUUUCCAGAAUGUCUUGGUCAACUCCCGAACACGUCCGUUGAAGUUUGGAUUUCUUUCAAAGCCUUAUGCAAGGACUGUGAUAUAAAGCCUGACCUGUAUGAAGAUUUAAAAAAUCUACUUAUUUCGUUCAACGAGGAGAUGUGCGACCUGGUUGAUUGCAGGACUAAUUUGACAUUAAAUUGUUCUGAGGAAGAAAACGAAAAUGUUUUACAGGUGUUUUGGACCAUAGGGACUGCAUUUAAUCCAUCAGACUUCGAAACUAGCGGCGAAACGCCUGAAGUUGAGAAGCAAUUGGAAAUUAUUUUGAAAACUACUAAAGAUGCGAUAAAGAUGGAUGAAGAAUUCAGAUCAGAAAUUUCAAAACUCGAACUGCAACUUUUACAGAACUCCUUCAGUAAAGGUUUUAUAAGACUUGCAUGUCACGAACGAGGAUACGCUGCUGACGAAAGAACAGAUAAAUGCGAAUGA